GCAGGCGGCUUGACCUCGAGUUACCCGACCGGCGCCGCUGCGGAAAGAGGGGUUUGCGAAGAGCGCCCGCCUCUUCCUCCUCCUCCUCUCGUCCCCUUUCCCAAGCAACGGAGCCAUGGCCAGGCAGGGCUGGAGGCUGGGGCGCUGCCUGCGGGGCCCGGGGGGCUCUUUGGGCCGCCCCCAAGGAGGCUGCCGGGGCCUCGCACAGGCAGCUGCCGCCGCCACAGUCUCCCGGAGCGAGGAUCGCCUGAAGCGGCCGGAGGAGCUGCCGGGGCCCGGACCCCUGAAGUCGCACUACUUGCUCUUCGCCCGGGGCUAUUUGCUGCACACGCACCGCCUGCAGGUCCUUUCUAAGAAGAUGUAUGGCCCCAUGUGGAAAUCCUGGUUUGGCUCAAAUGUCAAUGUUAACAUUGGCAGUGCAGAGACCUUAGAAGAAGUAGUGCGCCAGGAGGGGAAGUACCCUAUACGGAGUGACAUGGCUCUUUGGAAGGAGCACCGGGACAAACGUCACCUUCCCUAUGGCCCCUUCACUGAGGAUGGGGAGCGGUGGCACCGCCUGCGACAGGUGCUGAACAAGAGGAUGCUUAAACCUUCCGAAGCCGUGUUGUAUGCAGAUGUCAUCAAUGAGGUUGUGUCUGACCUGAUGAUACACCUAGAAAAUGAGAGAAACAAGAGCCCCUCAGGUGUAAUGAUCACCGAUAUAGCCAAUGUGUUAUACCGAUUUGCCUUGGAAGGCAUCUCAUGCAUCCUCUUUGAGACCCGCAUUGGCUGUUUGGAAAAGGAGAUCCCUGCAGAAACCCAGCGUUUUAUUCAUGCUAUUGGAUACAUGCUGAAGAACUCUGUCUUUGCCACCAUUUUACCCAAGUGGACCCGGGAUGUGCUGCCUUAUUGGAACCGUUACCUAGAAGGCUGGGAUACUAUCUUUGCCUUUGGGAAAAAACUGAUUGAUCAGAGGAUGGUGGAGCUAGAGAAGCACCUGGAACGAGGUGAGGAAGUCUCAGGCUACCUAACGUAUCUACUGUCCAGUGGGCGCCUUAGCCCUGAAGAAGUGUAUGGAAGCAUAGCUGAGCUUCUUCUGGCUGGUGUGGACACCACAUCCAAUACCCUCUCAUGGGCCUUGUACCAUCUGGCUAAGAACCCUGACAUCCAGGAAGCUCUGUACCAAGAAGUGACCAGUGUAGUAUCCAAAGACAAGAUUCCCAAUGCCAAGGAUCUCGCUAGGAUGCCAUUGCUGAAGGCCAUCGUCAAGGAGACUCUCCGGCUCUACCCUGUGGUCCCCACCAACGCCCGAAUCAUUGCGGAGAAUGAUGUGGUUGUUGGGGGAUAUCAUUUUCCAAAGGAUACCCUCUUUGUGUUGGCCCAUUAUGCUAUCUCGCAUGAUGAGAGCAAUUUCCCAGAGCCCGAGCGGUUCAUACCAAGUCGCUGGCUGCGCGAUCAGAGAGACUCAUCUCCUCACCCCUUCAGCUCCAUUCCUUUUGGCUACGGCGUGCGUGCCUGUGCAGGACGCCGCAUUGCUGAGCUUGAGAUGCAUCUGGCACUAGCCAGGCUUGUCCGGACAUUCUUAUUCAAGCCAGAUCCACAGCAAACCGAAGUGAAGCCCCUUGCCCGUAUUGUGCUUGUGCCUGACAAGCCCAUUAACUUGGAAUUCCUGGACAGACAGACAAUGCAUGGAUGAUCCGCUAUCUUCUUGCCCUUAGACUGCAAAGAUUUUACAGUACCAACUCAAGGAUUUGAUCAUGUCCUGGCUAGCCAACUAAUGAUCCUCUCUGAUGUGUUGUCGAAGGCUUUCAUGGCCGGGAUCACAUGGUUGUAUGUUUACUGGGCUGUAUGGCCAUGUUCCAGAGAGAAUACUUCUGGAACAUGGCAUACAGCCUGGAAAACUUACAACAAUCUCUAUUCUCUGUGCCUCUAACAUUUGCAUCUUUACAGUCUUCUCUCUGAUCUGAACAGCACCUUAUAGCAUUCCUGCUUUGAUCUUUUGGGUGUGUGUUUAUGUAUGGGAAAGGGACAGUAGCUGAAGGCUAACCAGUGCCUCUCAGAACUGUUUGACAGUCUCUCCUUAACCACUUGCUGCUGGUGGUUGUUAAUUCUACAGUACUUAAGAACAUCAUUGUAGUAACUUGGUGGUAACUAUUACAAUUUCUCUUCCUACUAAGCCAGGGGACCUCAACCUAUCCACUUCUAUGAAUCUCACCACUCCAGCCACCAUGGUCAUUUGCUGGAGAUGGUGGAAACUGUAACCCAAUACUGUGGGUCCCGAUCCAAAAUGGGGUCCCCUUAGCUCAAUUUUGGGAUCAUGAAAAAUUUGGCAAGAGGAAAAGGUUUGUGGACACCACCCAUUUACACAAAUCUGUUAGUAACAACGUGCAGUGUUUACAGUGGACUCAGCAGAAAACGCUUUGACUGUAUUCCACAAAAAGGAAAAUCAGUCUGUUUAGCAAGUCUUGCAAAUGUUGGUUUAUUUUCUGUAAAUGUUUGAUUUUUAUACCUUUGGUCACGUAAAAACAUCAAAAAGGGAGUCAUGAAUGGAAAAAGUUUAAGAAGCCCUCUUCCAGACUACUACUUCCUGCUUUGUUAAUAUGACUAGAGAAUUAUUGUUGAUGCAUUUGUUCUCUCAUUAAAUUGUAUUUUGUCUUUAAAUAAAAUUAAAAACACAGGCAACAGUAAAA